AGGUGGGGAUCCAGAAUGGCAAAAAGAAUGCAAGGAAUUAUGGAAAGCAUUCAAACGUUGUGCAGUGGAGAUCAUGGAAAUGAAGGAUUUAUGCAAGACGACGAAGACGAAGAAGAAGAAAACGGAGUAGGCAGACUCACCAGCUGGGCUGAGCUUCUCGGUUUCGGUCUCGCGGUGUUUUCCGAAGCCAUUGCUCCCCAAUUGCAGUGUUUCUGCGAUCGUACUCUAGGGUUCGCAGUCGGGCAAGGGGGAUCGCGCGAAGCGUGGAUCAAGGCCGUGGCGAUGGCGAUGUCGCUGGUGCGGAAGGCAGUGAAGAAGGGAUGGGUAGGCGCCUUGGCGCCCGCAGCUCGUGUGAUGAGCCAGGCACUGAGCACGGCUUCGGAGCCAAUCACGCUUGACAUCCCCGUGCCAUUCAAGGCACACAAGGUGGAAACCCCGUCCGUCACCGUGGAGACGUCGGCGCAGGAGCUCACGAAUUUCUUCAAGACGAUGUUCAUCAUGCGUCGCAUGGAGAUUGCGGCUGAUAGUUUGUAUAAGUCUAAGUUUAUUCGGGGUUUUUGUCAUCUGUACGAUGGGCAGGAGGCGGUCUGUGUGGGAAUGGAAGCCGCUUUGAAUGACAAGGAUUGCAUAAUCACCGCUUACCGGGACCAUUGUACGCAUUUAGGCCGCGGGGGCUCCGUGUUGGAAGUCUUUGCGGAGCUUAUGGGGAGGAAGGAUGGGUGCUCCUUGGGCAAGGGCGGGUCUAUGCACAUGUAUAACAAGAAGGGCGGGUUUUAUGGUGGGAAUGGAAUUGUUGGUGCUCAGACGCCGCUUGGUGCGGGCUUGGCUUUUGCGCAGAAGUAUUUGAAAGUGGAAGGAGUGACGCUAGCAAUGUAUGGAGAUGGCGCUGCCAAUCAGGGGCAGUUAUUCGAGGCGAUGAACAUCUCAGCACUUUGGAAUCUGCCGGUUAUCUAUGUCUGCGAGAACAACCAUUAUGGUAUGGGUACUGCAGAGUGGCGGUCAGCCAAAAGUCCCGAGUAUUACAAACGUGGGGACUACAUUCCUGGGCUGAAGGUCGAUGGCAUGGACUGCUUAGCUGUGAAGCAGGCGGUCAAGUAUGCUAAGGAGUAUGCUUUGCAGAAUGGUCCCAUGGUCUUGGAGAUGGACACAUAUAGGUAUCAUGGACAUUCCAUGUCCGACCCAGGCAGCACUUACCGAACUCGUGACGAGAUCUCUGGUGUUCGUCAAGAGCGAGAUCCCAUAGAAAGAAUUAGGAAACUCUUAUUGUCUAACAAUAUUGCUACAGUUGCGGAGCUGAAGACAAUGGAGAAAGAGGCUAAAAAAGAAGUAGAAGAUGCACUAUCCAAGGCCAAGGAGAGUCCCUCUCCCGAUUCAGACGAGCUUUUCACUCACGUCUAUCGGAAGGGUUAUGGAGCUAAGGCGUAUGGAGCUGAUCGCAAGGAGGUGGUUGUCAAGUUGCCUUGAAGAAGCUCACAUUCUUGGCCGACAAUUUCAUUCAAUGGCUGCUUACCUUAUAUCAACAGCACAUCAUGUUUAUGAUAUCAAAUAAGCUUUAUCAUGUUGGUAGAUUAUAGGUCAUAUAUGGAUUGUAUUGACCUCAAUUUUCGUAGAAGCUCAGUGGGUUAACAUGGUGAUGUCGAAACUGUCGGGCGAUUAUUCUCCCUUUUAGAGAAUAAUUGUGAUGUCCUUCCGCCCUUAUUUAAAUAGGAUACAGUAACUUCUACUGCUGUCUUGCAUGUUAUGUUACAAAUCAUAGGCUUUUAUGGUUGUUUUCUCAUAAUUUUAGUAAGAACUGAAAUAAUGUUAAGAAGUCACAAUUCUUUGAAAAUUCAGGGUUGACUGUCUUUUUCUUCUA